AUGCUGUAUUUUCUCACAAUUUUGUCGAAUAUGACUAAAAUUCAAGUUUUCAUCACAGCGGCAUCGAACUUAUUGUUAAUCUACAUUACUUUAUUUCAUGUAAAGCAAAUCGUUGGGACCUAUAAAUAUAUGAUAAUCAUAUUUUCAUUUCUCGGAAUCGGCUUUUCAAUUUCCGAUCAAGUAGCCAAACCCGUUAUCUAUAGCUAUGCUGGAGCAUUGUUAUGCUUUAGCUAUGGAGAUGGUUGGUUCGAUGAGUCUCUCGAAUUUCGACAAGCGGCUCUAGCGAUUUAUUCUGGAAUUUAUAUGGUUAUUUUGGCACUGGCUGCUGCGCAAUUUGUAUAUCGAUAUUUGGCAUUAGUACAUCCCGACUUGACAAAAUGGUUCAAAGGUUUUGGGAUCAUGGCUUGGGUUUGUUAUCCCAUAUCGCAUGGAGUGGUAAACGGAUUAUUGAUUUUUUUGUUGGCAUCUCCGGACGAAUAUUCAGAUCAAUAUUUGCGAAAUGAAUUCUUCAAAGAAUAUGAUCUAGAAAUCACAAAUGUCGCAAGAUUGUCGAUGAUUCCAUUUGACACUGCCGGCAACUUAAGAAUCAAAAACGCAACAUUUUUGCUUUGCCUCUCAUUUUUCAUCAGUUGUCAGUACUCGAUAAUUAUUUUUUGCGCCGUUCAAAUGCACUUACAAAUGAACAAAGAACUCCUCAAAUUCUCAGUUGCUAACCAGAAACUACAGAGACAAUUUUUCAAAGCACUCCUGGUUCAAAUCUUAGUUCCAGCUAUUUUAUUUGUGCUUCCCAGUCUGCCAUUUUUGAUCACACCGUUUUUUAAUAUUGAAAUUGGGUUCAAUCCUGCUUUGAAUUGUGCACUCCUGCAAAUUUAUCCACCAAUUGAUAGUAUCGCUUUUAUGCUUAUUGUAUCUGAAUAUCGGAAAAUAAUUUCCAAAACUCUUAAGAAAUGCGGAUCGAAAGCUCAAAAUCAAUCAGUAAUUCAGUUUGUAACUUGA